AUGGUGUCUAUUUUCAAAGCAACGGCUCUCGAGCCACUGGUCACCGGGACGUUGUUGUAUUCGUUGCCUAGGCUUCCUCCAUCACUUCUUGAGCGGCUCCCUCAAAGCCUUCACAGUGUUGUUCAGUCGCCACGAACAGCCACCGCGCUUACUUUUCUCUUCAUCCUCGGAAUCCUGAGGAAGGCCAACAAUUUCCUAUCACGACGGGCGAUCAACAACUGGACGCGGACCGACCGCUGGGAUGCAAGUAAAGAGCUCGUCCUAGUCACCGGAGGCGCCAGCGGUAUAGGCGAGAAAGUCACUGCGGGCCUGGCGGCACGGGGUGUCAAGGUGGUUAUCCUCGACGUCAAUGCGCCAAAGACACCACUGCCGCCAAACGUCGCCUUCUUCCAAGUCAACAUCACAUCCUCGGACGCUGUGAGAGAUGUGGCGAACGAAAUCCGCAAGACGUAUGGACACCCGACUGUCCUCGUCAACAACGCAGGCGUCGGCGAGGGAGGCACGAUCCUGAGCGGGUCGGAAGCAAGUAUCCGACGCACGUUCGACGUCAACACCAUCUGCCAUUUCGUCCUUGUGAAGGAAUUCCUCCCCGAGAUGGUCCGUAACAACCACGGCCAUGUGGUCACCGUGGCGAGCAUGGCCAGCUUCGCAACGGCCGGGAACAUGAUCGCCUAUGCUUGUUCCAAGGCUAGCGCGCUCGCUUUCCACGAAGGGCUCGGCCAGGAGCUGAGAUACUGGUACAACGCUCCCAAAGUCCGCACUAGCAUUGUCCAUCCUAGCUGGGUCGCUACGCCAAUGACACAGCCCUUACAAGAUGCCGACGAAGGCUUUCGACGGUCGGCCAUGCGAGUCGAAACAGUCGCGGACGCCAUCGUCAAGCAAAUCAUCUCGGGCAGCAGUGGUCAGAUUAUCCUCCCGGCUUCCCUGUCCAAUGCGGCACUCAUCAGAGCGCUGCCCUUCUGGAUCCAGGAGGCUGUGCGAGGCGAUGUCACCAAGAUGCUAAAGCGCACAGGAGCUUAG